AUGUCGCUGACGUUUACGCUGACGGGCAAAAGUAGUGUUCUAGCUGUGAGCUAUUUUCCGGCGGUAGAUUUGAGCGAUGGCGAUUACGAGCUCGGUCUGACUGACUUUGAAACGUAUUAUACUCUACCGAAUGUAAAUUCAACAAACAACAAGUUUUAUUUCGACAAUGAGGAAAUUGUGAUUCUCGAAGGAUCGUACGAACUGCGGGAUAUAGAGCGAAAAAGACUCAGUGCUUCCAACGUUGCAUUUUUAAAGUCGUUGGGUUUUAUCGUACGAAAAGCUGAUAUCUUGAACAUUGUCGGUGAGCCGAUCUUUGACGAUCGCAUCGUCAAGUUUGAAUUUCAUACGUACAAUCCAUACGCCAAUACAACGUUUGGACGUAGCGACGAGAUACGAAUACCUAUACAGCAGCAGGAUUUAUACACGUUGCCAUGCGAAAGUUUUCUCUACAUUGAAGGAAGAUUGACUGUGAAGAAGAAGGAUGAUGAGACGCCUACAACGGUUGGGAAUAAUUGCAUAGCGUUCAUGUUUGAUGAAAUUCGGUAUGAACUCAACAGUGUGGAGAUUGAUCGCAACAGAAAUGUUGGAAUUACCAGUACCCUCAAGAACUAUGUAUCGUUGACGUAUGACAAGUCUUUGAUUGCGUUGAACGCUGGGUGGAAUUCUAGAUCCGAUAUAAUGGAAGGUUACUUUAACUUUUGCGUACCGCUCAACAUGCUGUUGGGCUUUUGCGAGGAUUACAAACGCGUGAUUGUUAACGCUCGCCAUGAAUUGAUUUUGAUACGAGCGCGCAACGAUAACAAUUGUAUACUGGGAAAUUCAGCGACGGAGCCGGAGGUUGAACUGAUCAAAGUGCAAUGGCGGAUGCCUCAUGUUAUGCUAAACGAGAUCACUAAACUAUCAAUGCUGCGAGCAUUGGAAAGCGGUCGUUAUCUCAGUAUGAGUUUUCGCUCAUGGGAUCUGUACGAGUAUCCUCUGUUACAGAGUACGACGAAGCAUACAUGGGCUGUCAAAACGGCGACUCAACUCGAGAAGCCGCGUUACGUUAUCUUUGCUCUUCAGACCGGUCGAAAGAAUAUCAUGUCUCAAGAUGCGAGCGUGUUUGAUGAUUGUAAAUUGAGUAAUGUGAAGCUUUAUCUCAAUUCAGAGUUUUAUCCGUACGGUGAUUUGAAUCUCGAUUUUGACCAAAAGAGAUACGCUCUCCUGUUUGAUAUGUACGCGCGUUUUCGUAAGGCAUAUUAUGGAAUCGACUGCUUCGAAACGCUGCUCAAUGUACUCUCGUUUAUCGAGAAAGGACCGUUUGCUGUCAUUGACUGCUCGCGACAAAACGAAUCCGUCAAGAGCGCUACCGUGGAUGUACGAAUAGAAUUUGACUGCAAGGAGAAUGUACCCGCCAAUACCACCGCCUAUUGCCUCAUCAUACACGAUCGUGUUAUCGAAUACUGCCCGCUGUCCAACGUAGUGCGCAAGAUUAUGUAA